GCCAGGGCUGUUUCUCUAUAAAAGGGGGGAGAAAGCGGUUCCGGAGCCAUCACAGACUUGGAGGGGACAGUCUGUGACCAAGGCGGCUGCACCCUCUCCUCUGCAUCUGACUCCCUGGUCAAGUAUGAAACUUGUCCUCUCUACUGUGCUGUCCUUCGGGAUAGUGGCUCUGUCUUUUGCUGCACCUCCCAAGACAACCAUCAGAUGGUGCACAAUAUCCUCACCAGAACAGAAGAAAUGCAAUGACCUAAAGGACCGCAUGCAACAAGAGAGCACUGGAUUGUCUUGUGUGCAGAAAACAACAUAUUUGGACUGUAUAACGGCCAUUGCGAGAAAUGAAACAGAUGCCAUUAGCUUGGAUGGUGGUCAAAUUUUUGAGGCAGGCCUUGGACCCUACAAACUAAAGCCCAUUGCUGCUGAAGUCUAUGAAGGAGCUCAAGGAUCCACAACCAACUACUAUGCUGUGGCUGUUGUGAAGAAAGGAACAGACUUCACAAUAAAUGACUUGAAAGGCAAGACUUCCUGCCACACAGGCCUGGGCAGGUCUGCUGGCUGGAAUAUUCCCAUCGGAACACUAAUCCGCCGGGGAGACAUUCCAUGGGAUGGCAUAGACUCAGGCUCGAUUGAGCAAGAGGUAGCUAAGUUUUUCUCUGCCAGCUGCGUGCCUGGUGCCACUGAAAAAAACCUGUGCCGUCAGUGCAAGGGGGACCCUAAAACCAAAUGUGCCCGUGCAGCACCUUACUCUGGAUAUUCUGGGGCUUUUCAUUGUCUGAAAGAUGGAAAUGGAGAAGUAGCUUUUGUAAAACACACAACUGUUGAAGAAAAUGCCGCAAAGGAGAAGGAUAAGUACGAGUUGCUGUGUUUGGAUGGCACCCGGCAGCCUGUGGACAACUAUAAAGCCUGCCACUGGGCCAGGGUCCCUGCUCAUGCUGUUGUGGCUCGAGACGAUAGCAAGGUUGAAGAAAUCUGGACUUUUCUCUCAAAAGCACAGGAAAAAUUUGGUGCUGGCACAACCAGUGACUUCCAUCUCUUUGGGACGUUUGAGAAGAAGGACCCACACUUCAAAGACUUGCUUUUUAAAGACUCUGCUAUAAAGUUGAAGAAAAUCCCAUCACUGAUGGAUUCCCAGCUCUAUCUAGGCUUUGAGUAUUACAGUGCCAUUCAAAACCUCAGGAAGGAGCUAAUGAGUUCUACCCCCAAGAGAAACAAGGUACAGUGGUGUGCAGUGGGUAAGGAGGAGAAGAGCAAAUGUGACCGCUGGAGUGUGGUGAGCAAUGGGGAGGUGGAGUGUGCUGUGGGAGACAACACAAAGGAGUGCAUUAUUAAGAUUAUGAAAGGUGAAGCAGAUGCUAUUAGCCUAGAUGGAGGUUUUGUCUACACAGCUGGGGUGUGUGGCUUGGUGCCAGUGAUGGGAGAAAACUAUGAAGAUGAAAUUCAGUGCAGCAAAGCAGUGGAACCAGCAUCUUACUUUGCUGUGGCUGUUGUGAAGAAAUCUGACAAGGAUAUCACAUGGAAUAAUCUGCAGGGCAAGAAAUCAUGCCAUACAGCUGUUGGGAGAACUGCUGGCUGGAACAUUCCAAUGGGCUUGAUUCACAACAGAACUGGGAGUUGCAAUUUUGAUGAAUACUUCAGUGAGGGCUGUGCUCCUGGGUCUCCUCCUGGCUCCCGACUUUGCAAACUAUGCCAGGGAUCAGGUGGGAUCCCACCAGAGAAGUGUGUUGCCAGCAGCCUUGAGAGAUACUAUGGAUAUGCGGGAGCUUUCCGAUGCCUAGUCGAGCAGGGGGAUGUGGCCUUUAUUAAGCAUUCAAUUGUCGAGGAAAACACUAAUGGCAAAAAUAAAGAAGAGUGGGCCAAAAAUUUGAAAAUGGACCAAUUUGAGCUGCUGUGCCCUGAUGGGCGACGGGCAAAUAUCAUGGAUUACAGUUCCUGCCACCUGGCAAAAGUUCCUACCCAUGCUGUGAUCUCACGUCCUGAGAAAACAAGUAAAAUCCGUGAGCUGCUGGAGAGACAAGAGAAAUUAUUUGGAGAAAAAGGAACUGAAAAAGAGAGGUUCAUGAUGUUUAAGUCUCGGACCAAGGAUCUUCUGUUUAAAGACUUGACCAAGUGUCUGGUUAAACUCCGUGAAGGAAUAACGUACAGGGAAUUCCUGGGAGAUGAAUACUAUUCCUCAGUUGCUAGUCUCAAUACUUGCAAUCCAUCAGAUCUCCUCCAGAUGUGCACCUUCCUUGAGGACUACCAAGGCCCAGCGCCACGUGUGCGGGCGGCCAUGGCGGCGGGUGGACUGGAGCCGUACCUGGACUCGCUGCGGCGGGAGCUGCGGGCCCCUGACCCCGCUGUCCUCUCCGUCCUCCUGGCGCUGCUCGCUGUGGCCCUCACGCUGCUGAUCUGGAGGUUCAUCCAGGGCAGGAAGAGCAGCCGGAAGGCGGUGCUGCUGCUGGGCCUUUGCGAUGCCGGGAAAACACUGCUUUUCGCCAGGCUGUUGACAGGCAAGUACCGAGACACCCAGACCUCUAUAACCGAUAGUUCUGCUGUUUACAGAGUCAGCAACGGCAAGAGUGCUAAUGUGACCUUGAUCGACCUCCCAGGCCAUAAGAGUUUACGGCCUCAGUUCUUGGAGAGGUUCAAGGCUGCAGCCAGAGCAAUCGUGUUUGUGGUGGACAGCGUGGCAUUCCAGCGGGAGGUGAAGGAUGUGGCAGAGUUCCUGUACCAGGUCCUGGUCGAUAGCACCAUCCUCAAAAAUGCGCCUGCAUUGCUGAUUGCUUGCAAUAAGCAAGAUGUCACAAUGGCAAAGUCAGCAAAACUUAUUCAACAGCAACUGGAGAAAGAGCUCAACACCUUACGAGUGACUCGCUCUGCAGCCCCCACCAGUUUGGAUGGCUCAGCUGCUGGGGGCUCCACUCAGCUAGGCAAAAAGGGCAAGGAUUUUGACUUCUCCCAGCUGCCCAUGAAGGUGGAGUUCGUGGAGUGCAGCGCCCGGGGCAGCAAGGGAGAGGAUGGAGACGCUGACUUCGAGGACCUUGAGAAAUGGCUGGCCAAGAUCGCCUGAGUGGAGGAAGGCAGGUCCACACAGAGAUAGGGAGAUGGGGGGUGUGGGGACACUGGGGGAUUGAGAAGAACAGGAUGGGUUUGAGAUACUCAAAUCUCACCUUCCCAUAGAGGAAAUGUAACCUAGAAACCAGUGCUGCAGUAUCUGCCUCCAUUGCUCAUGGGCCUGGGAGCAAUAUAACAUAAUUGCUGAUGUGAUUUCAUCUCAGUGUCUCCAUUACACUGCAACCUUGUUUUACUCUCCUCUCUUUCUCUGAGAUCUGGCCCUCUGGACUUUGAUCGCUUGAAGUCUUUUGGCUUUUAGUUUGACAGUUGCAAAGCAAAUUAGGAAGGAAUGCACUGUCCAUGGAGUCUUUUGGAGACUGGACUCUGCAUGUCCUGUUCUGCCUCAGUUUAGCAUUGCAGCCCUAUUACCUCUUGGAGCUACUGAUCACUACCUGGUCCAUACUUCUUUCUCCAGUCUCUUGCUGGUUGAGAAUACUGCACAUAUCAUCUGUGCUGCCCUGGCAAAGUGCAUAGAGCAGCUUUCUGCUGGGCAAGCAUUGAGAGUAUAAAAGCUAUUUUUCUGUGUCUCCUCCCUCUUUGUUCUAAAUUUGUGCGGUUAUUGUAUACCAAAAGCAGACUGGCUGUGCUGCCUGUCUUUCGGUCUUUCCCUCCAUAUGUUAAGCUCUGCCCCCAUAGACAUGUAUGCACACUUUUCUAAGUUGUAGAGGUAUAGUAGAUAGCUUAGAAUGAUGGGGGAAGAUGCAUCCAUAUUCAUAUUCAUAGCUUCAAUUUGAGUGAGAUCUAUCAUGACAGGCACUUGCUGUGCAGUCACUGGAGCAGGAGACAGGCAGUGAUAGUAGUAGAGACCUUUUUUGUGUGUGAUUAGUCAGCAGUAGUGGCAAAGUGAGGGGGAAAGUCAAGGAGCUGCUUGCAAGGGAGGUUCCUCCUCCAGAGGAAGAUCCUCACUUCAGAGGAGAAAGGUGAGUUUUCCCAGUGUGUUCUUGUUUGGGGUGUUUAAAGGCAAAGCUGCUGCUGUGGAUGUGAUAUCAGCUGUUAAUCUUGCAGGAACAUUCAGAGAAUGCUUGUUAGUUGUCUAGCUGUCACAGCGGCAUGUGUGGGCUGCUCUGAGACUUGGUGGAAUGACAGAGGGGUCUGAUACAGUAUCCUUUAGACAUUCUGAGCUUCCAAAAGGUCUUUCUCUCUGCCUGCUCCUAUGCUUUGUUAGGGGUGUUGUCUAUGCAGAGGAAGAUCUUUGAGCAGCAUUGGUGCUGUUCAGGUGGAAUCAAGACCUUGAUGCAGAGCUUGGUUGAGUAUUCAGCUUCCCCUUCCAGAACAACAGCCUGAAAACAUCUUUGGAGUCACCCCGCCCAGGACCUUUGUGCUCUGAUGGAGUUCAUCUCUGUACAUCACCUGUGUAUGGAUGAUUGUUCUGCAGGGUGUGGUGCUGGGAAUUGCAAAGUCCUCUUACAUACAAGUUUUUUCUCCAUUUUUGUUUUAUCUUUUUUUUAAAAAAAAUUUGGGACGGGAAGGAGUUUAUGGCUGUUUUUUCUGUCUCUGAUUUGAUGCUUCAUUACUCAAAAUUGAUGUAUUGUGCUCUUUCUCCCUUUCUGGGCAUUCUCUACCUUCCUUUAGCAUUGCCAGAUGUUAGUUGUGAUGAGGAAAGCCUGUCUUCUGCAAACUCAUGCUCAUAAAAGAGCUGGUUUUGUAUUUCCAAUCUUGUGAAUCCUAUGGCUCUUCAGGUGCAACUGGCCCAUUCCUCAGCAGCUGAGAGAAUCAUGUUUUGGGAGCACUUGAGAAUAGCCCUGGGCAAGGGGCCCUGUCCUCCUGUAUUAGGAAGGCUGGAGGCUGAUUGAUAACAAGGAGCAAAGCUGAGGCAGAUGUUCUGAUCAAGCCUGAAGGCACCUUGUCCUUAUAGGAGGUUGUGGGGUGGAGGAUUAUAUUUAUGUAGAAUGCUAUAUGCUUGUUUCCAGCAGCCAGAGAGUUGUUGGAACAUGUUUGUCAGGCUUUGAAUUCAAUUACUGGAGCCUGUUCCUGGACCUCAUUUGAAUCCGUAAUGCUGAAGCAAGAGUAUUACUAUCUCUUUGGGUUGUUACUGUUUGCAAAGACCUGCCUCCUUGAAAAGUAGAGGCCUUUGGUAGAGUAAGAUUUAACAAGGCCCUGUUUAAGUUAUUCUUUAAUUAAAGUUAUUCCUUAAAUAAAAAUGUUUGGCUAAAA